AUUUCUCCUAACUGUGAAUAAGGUUUUGGUUGAAAUUAUGUUACUUAUACCAUUCCAAAGAUUUUCUAACGGAUUGGCACAUUGUUCACUCUGAAAUUCAUUACGAACAGUACCAACCGUGACGCUCAUUGUCUUGCUCUUCAAAGACUUCUAAUUACCAUGAAGAAAUCUCGACGACGUUUUAUGCGGUGUUACAAUAUUUCCUCAAUUUUCAGAUUUCGUGACAAAUUUUGUGACCACAUAAUCUUCACGGGAUGAACAGAGGUGGUUGUUAUCUGGCAUCGGACUUCCGGUGACGCGAAAAGAAUAUAAAUGAUGUCUUUGAGCAACCACCCUCAGUUCACAUUUUUCUAUCAGAAUGAAAGUGCCUGUCUUAGCCGCCGUCUUGGCAUUGGUAUUUGCCUCCCUUUUGACUUCUAUGGAAUGUCAAUUGGCAGGAAAUAGCUACGUAGAUAAACAACUUUUGUGUGCCUUGGAUAAGGGACCAUGCGACAGGUUGGGAAGGCAAGUUAGAGAUUCUUUGCCUGAAAUAAUUGGCAACCAAUGCCAAAAUUGCACCCCAAAACAGUUGGCUAAUGCUCAGAGGAUAGCGGCUUACGUCCAAUCAAAAUACCCAUAUGUGUGGAAUGAACUGGUCGAUAAGUAUGGAAAGAAACAGCGGUAGACGUGAUAGUUUUGCCCAGAAAAAAAUUUUGAAUUUAAUUUAUGUUACAAUUUCAAAUAUAUAUUUUAACUAUU